UUCGCACCAUCAAGCGCUAGUGAAAGUCAGUUUCGGUUAGCGGGACAGCUGGAAGUCGAGGGUGACUUUCAAGCAAUAAGUAGGCGCAGUUGGAAAGCGAUGCGCUCAAGUCUUUAUGGAGAAAUAGGUAGUAAAGAAAGUCUUCUUUGCGGUGAGCGGUACGUCUAA